UGCCAGGAAUUUAUUGGCCCUACUGACUCUCCUGUUCUCCAUACUGAAUAGUUGCAGCUCUUUCAGGUUCUCCUUACAGGAAAGGUGCUCAAGACCCUCAACCAUCUUGGUGGCCAUCUGUUGCACUCUCUCCAGUAUGUCCACGUUUCCUUUGUACAGGGUGGCUCAGAAUUGAUUUAUCAUAUUACAGAACGCCAACUGUGGUUUUGUCCUCGCACAUUAGUUUUUGUAACUUUAUGCCAUAUCAUCUCAGCACUUUAUGGCAGCUAUAGAAAGGACCACCUGAAAGCUUAUCUCCUAACCAAUCUGAGGAGUGGUUUGAUCUUCACUUCCCAGUCAACUCUUGAUUUGUUUUCUGCGAGGACAUAGAAAGUUGGUAACCAAUUCUAACUUGGUACUAAAACUUGAGCUGAGGUCAGCACACAGGGUGAGCAAACACAUUGCAACUAAAGAAUCAAAAGCCAAGAGUAAAGGAUACAUCUGGGAGCCUGGAGUACUCUGUGAGCACAGUCUCCAGCACAAGUAUACUUCUACACCACGCGCACACACACAAGCAAAGAGCCACCACACACUCAACUAAUCCCACGGCCCAUUGCGCCCUUUAUAGCCGCCGUACCCCCGUCCCGGCAGUGCCCUCAUUCCCCCAAUCACGGACUGUCGGCGCCGAGCACGCGCGCUUAUGUGCGCGAUGCGGAGAAGGGGGCGGGCCGGAGAGGCGGGCCGGGGCCGAGCGUGAAAUCCGCAUCCGGGCUCUGCACCUUUUGUUCGGGGCUUGACUCCUGAGUAAAAGACCUAGAAGGAUUUCUACCAUACUGUAGUACUUGUUGAAAAAUGGAUGAUGAUGAUUUUGGAGGAUUUGAGGCAGCAGAGAGCUAUGAGUGUGGAAAUGGUGACAAGCAGACAACAUCUCCUGCUAUUCCAUGGGCAGCAUUUCCUACAGAGUUUGAAGUCCAUAUAACUCAGAAUGUUUCUCCUGAUGUUCUUCUGGAGCACUCUGUGCCUUCAUCCUUCCUGGAUCCUUCCGACUCAUUCACUUUGUCAAAUGAUAAUGUGGCAACAUCCAGUCAGACAGCCAACAAUAUGAUAAACUCAGCUGUUCUUGAAGAACAGGUCCCCAUUAAAUACUUCCAGGCUGUCUCAAUAGAUCCUUUUCUCGAGCCUGCACAAACCCAGUUCCCUCAGCCUGACUUCAUUGGAGAGAUUCAAGUAGAUAUUCCAGUUGCCUCUUUGAAUGUAACAGAAGAUAAGUCUUCAGUCACAUCGUCCGUUGCUAUGGAUGAUGCUCAGACACAGAGAACAAACGAAUCAAAGAGCUGCCUUCAACAAACUCUAGCAAAUCUAGAAAUCAAUCUUUGUGCUGCUGAGGAAGAAAAAUUAAAAAUUAAAAAGGAAUUAGAAUAUUUACUGGAAAAACAUAGUGUACAAGAAAUGAAUUUCUUGAAGGAGAAAAAAGAGAAAGCUCUUUCACAUCAAGAUCAUUAUAAGAUACUUCAGGAAAAGCAUAAGCAGGAGUUAGAAGAUAUGAGAAAAGCUGGACAUGAAGCCUUGAGUAUUAUUGUUGAAGAGUUCAAGUCAUUGCUACAGUGUACAGUUCAACAGCAAGAAGCAGCUACUGAAAAGCAGUAUAUACUAGCAAUUGAAAAACAUUCUUACAAAUGUCAAGAGCUUCUUGAUGCUCAGCACCAGAGACUUCUUGACAUUUUAGAAGCAGAGAAGGAAGUCUUGUCAGAAAAGAUAGAAGAAGCUUUGAUGCAGCAGUCACAAAAACAUAAGGAAGUGCUGGACAAAUGUUUGGAUGAAGAAAGGAAAAGAAGUAAGGAGGCUGUGGCAGCUGCUGCAAAGGUUGAAAAAGAAAUAGUACAGGAGGUUAUUCUGAAAGCUGUAGAGGAGGAAAGGAGAAAUAUGGAGAAGAUUCAUGAAGAAGAAAGAAAUAUGUGGAAAGCAGAACAUGAGAGACAUAACAAGAAGAUUGCCCAAGCUGUUUGGGAAGCAAUGCAAGAGCAAAGAAAACAUAAUGAAGAACUUAUCAAGAAAGCGUUAAUGGAGGAGCAAAAACGAAGUGAAAAGGCAAUCGAAGAAGCUGUUAAAAGGACAAGAGAGGAACUAAUGGAAUAUAUUAAGGAGCAGAAAAGGCUUGAUCAAGUUAUUCGUCAGAGAAAUCUGUCUAGUUUGGAACUUUUCCUCUCAUGUGCACAGAAACAGUUAAGCAGUUUAUUAAAUGAAGAACCAACCGCAUCACAGGAAAAGAGAGACUGACAUUCUCUACACCACUGAUAAAGUAUGAUUUGUGAACUUGCAAAUCUCAAUUAAACAAAUGGCAAAUGUUUUCAUUUGGAAAUGUAUCAUUGGUUCAAGAUUUCUCUGAAACUAUUCUUGAGAGAAGUAUCUGUGUAUUCAGUUUUUUCUUUUAACAGGAAAAAUAGUUUUUAUUUAUGAUUUAAUAUUAUUGUCUUCUCUAGUAACCUACGAUUGGAGCUCUAGGCAACUACAGCAAUGAUGAAAAAAUUCCCUUCCAUUUCUGGUUUAAAGGUUGUUUUCAUGUCUUGAUGUAAUUUUUUUAGUUUUUUUAAUUUUAAAAGAAAUUGAAAAAAAUUAAAUAUACAAGUCUAUCUUUAUUUCUCAAGUAUAUGCCCAAGUGCAUUGCCUGAAAUGAGUGUGAGAAGCUUAUUAGCUGUUAUUACUUUAGAUGCAUAAUGGAAGAAUCCGUGCUGAAAGAUAAGAGCUUUGACAGUCAUUUCUUCAAACAUUUGUAAACAACUCCAGCAGUAGUGACAGAAAAAAAUUUAAAAACCAAGCAGUGCAUCAUGUCAGAAUAGUUUCAAACAUUAUUGUAACCAUUGUCUGGUAUGUAUUCUAUUUUUGUUUUACAAAGGUCAGGGACCUCAGUUUCAGGAAUAAGAUACACGUAAUUAUGUGAAUAUGCAUACUGCACUGCUUCAGUGGAAUUUCUGACAGAAUAAGGAGAGCAUCAUGCUGACCUCAGAUGUCAUUUUUAAACCCAUUCAAGGAAGUAGUAAUACUGCCAACUGACAAUGGGCUUUGGAUCAAGUCUGUGAAUGAGAAACUCAGUGCCUACACUCUUGAUUGUAGACCUGGAACCUUAGUUUUAAAGUUCUGAAUGAAAUAAUGCCUAGGAAUAUAAAUAAACUGAGAAUGAUACCUCUGAUGGUGAGCUUGUCAUCCAGUGGGGACCCAUGGGCAAUUCUUGUUAUUUUCUGGUGAUUGUGAUUUUUUAUUUCACUUUUUUUUUGUUUUUCCACUGGCAGACACUUUCCAUAAAUUGCUUCCUUAUAGCCGUAAACUCCAAAUAGUUUCCUAUGUGUUUGUUAAUAUGAAAUGUGUAUUGCAGAAGGUUUGUUUUUAUUUAAAUCUUUUUCUGUGCUUACUUUUUGUAAUCAGAAUGAAAGUUUUUGCCUUCUGUAUGGCUGCAGAGUUUCACUGAAUAAGUAAAUGAUGCAGAUUUUAUUAGAUAAUGAUCUCUCCCUCCAAAUGUAUGAAAAUCCAGAUCUUUUUGAUUGACUGACCAGUUUCCUUUUCAUCUGAUAAGCCAAAAGAUAUUUGAGUGUUGAUGAGUCUAAACAAUCUUGUUUACCUAGAUGGAAUAAAGAAAAAAUAUGGUAGAAUUUGUU